CCGCUGCUGUCAUGAGCCCAAGUUCAUACACUACAACCUUAAAAAGGCCCACCAUAGUCAAUGGAGUAGUUAACAAUCAGAGUUAUAUAAAUAAACCAAUAUUCAAGCCAACUUUGAAUUCAGAAAACAAAUUCAUGGACCGUCCGCAUUUCAAAAUUAAUCAAGUCGAUUCAGUCUUAUUAGCGAAUUCUGAUGCAAUCACUUGUCCACAAUGUUUUGUACCAAAAUCUGUUUUUUACAUAAUUGAAGAUGCAAAACAAGAAAAAUCAAAGGAAUUUUAUGUUUGUAUGUCACAUGGUGAUAGUGGAU